CGCGCUCUGCUCCGGUGACGUCGCUCCAGUGGGAUGGGAGCUUGACGUUGGAGCGCGAGCGCUUUUCACAUACCAAUCGGGAGAGAGGAGAGCGAGCGCAAGGCAGUGCCAACCAUGGUCAGCGCUUUGAGAGAACACUGUGGAAUCAACCGGGAGGGACAACAUCAAAAACAUGGAAUGUGACCCAGCAACAUUGUAUCUUUCCUGUCUGCCUGAAGUUAUUUUUCUCCUCGACCACUGAAGAAGAGGAGGAGGGUUGUCGUUUACGAAUUGGAUUCCAGAGCACCUUCUCUCAUCCUCUCUUCCUCUCUCUCUGUCUUUCUUCGGGUCUCCCUAUCUUCGCAUUGAAAAGUCACAGUGAAAAGGAUAUUUUGGUUUAUUGGAAUUAUAGCUGGUCUGAAAAUCAUUUUCUGGGAACAUAGUCUUGGAUGAGAACCUGUGAGCAUCAUGAGUACCAGUGCCUAUCAGCAGGGCUCUUUGGGCGGUGAGCGGAGCUCUGGACCAAUCCGGUGCCAGCGUUGUCGGGAGGCGUGUAAGGGAGAGGUGGUGCGCGUUCAGGACACACACUUCCAUGUCAAGUGUUUCACCUGCACAGUGUGUGGGUGUGACCUGGCUAGAUCUGGGUUCUAUCAGAAGAGUGGUGAGUACAUCUGUACGUCAGACUACCAGCGUCUGUAUGGGACUCGCUGUGACCGCUGUGACGGAUUCAUCACCGGGGAGGUAGUCUCUGCUCUGGGGAGGACCUACCACCCUACCUGCUUCGUCUGCAGUGUCUGCAGGAAGCCGUUCCCUAUCGGAGACAGAGUGACGUUCAGUGGGAAGGACUGUGUGUGUCAGCAGUGUUCUCACACACUUGUCACCUCCAACGAACCAAUCAAGAUCCACGGACCCAGCCACUGUUCAGGGUGUGGAGAGGAUAUAAAACAGGGACAGUCUCUGCUGGCGUUGGAGAAACAGUGGCAUGUCAGCUGCUUCAAGUGUCAAACCUGCAACAUGGUCCUCACUGGGGAAUACAUCAGCAAGGACAAUGUGCCGUACUGUGAGUCUGAUUACCACGCUCAGUUUGGGAUUAAGUGUGAGACGUGCAGCAGAUACAUCAGUGGACAGGUUCUGGAGGCAGGGGGUAAGCACUACCACCCUACCUGUGCCCGCUGUGCCCGAUGUCACAUGAUGUUCACAGAGGGAGAAGAAAUGUACCUGCAUGGUGGUGAGGUGUGGCACCCUUUGUGUAAGCAAGCAGCCAGAUCAGAGAGAAGACUCAGGCACAGACGUCUGUCAGAGACAUCCAUCUCUCCACCGGGCUCGUCAAUUGGCUCUCCCAGUCGUGUCAUCUGUUCACUUGGGACUCUCUAUUCUCAGAAGCUGUAUGACAGUGUAGACAUGAAACAGAGACAGGGUUCCAGCCCCAGCUACAUGGACUCUCCCUCCUUCAGCCGUCAAGCCAUGUCUCCCAUCACGCCUUGCUCACCGCAGCACUAUGGACACCCCGUGCUGGCUGCAGGCUCUGAGAGUGGCAGGAGCUCGCCCUAUUACGGCUCGCUGGAGGGACGGCCUAGUUCUUCUACCACAAACCACGCCCCCAAGCAUUUCCAUGUACCAGCCUCAGUCGAACCCAACAUCUACCACAAACCUCCCAUCUAUAAGAGAACGGCCACCAAAAGCAGGACUAGCGAAGAUCUAAUCACCUCCUCCAGACUGUCUACCUACUCUCCAGAACCCUACACACAGUCAGAGUCUGACACCUACCCCUAUCCCAGAUCCCCUAAAGUUCUCUGUGCUCCUAGAAGAAGGUACUCUACAGGAGGAGAUGAAGAGAGCUGGAGUCACAGCAGUCUUCAAAGAAUCCAGAGUGGUAUAGGGAGGAUGAUCCUAAAGGAGGAGAUGAAAGCUAGAUCUGGUUGCUAUGACAACGACCCUUGGGGCAGCACUCGGAACUCCCGCAGCGGCAGCAAGGAGACUCUCACCAGUGCCAGCUACAACAGCACCGGCUACAACAAUACUGUUAAUGGCUCUCCUCGAUCCAAUUACAGCCUAGACAAUGAUUCGUACAAGUCAGCCUCUCUACCAGGAUACAGGCGGAACGGUGUCAACAGGCCCCAGAGUGCAGCCCCAGACUACUACCAGCAGUAUGACAGCAGCAGUGACGUCAACUGGGGAACCAGAGAAUACAAGGUUUACCCGUAUGAAGUGCUAAUCGUGACCACCAGGGGGCGACACAGAGUGCCUAAAGAUGUAGACAGAGCCAGACUAGAGCGUCAUCUGAGUCCCGAGGAGUUCCUACAGGUGUUUGGGAUGGCCGUGGCAGAGUUUGACCGGCUGGCUCUCUGGAAGAGGAAUGAAAUGAAGAAACAGGCCCGACUCUUCUAACCAUGGAGAGAGAGAGACAAUUAGAGGAAAUUGAGAAAGAGAAACUGUUCUAAUUAUAGAAAGAGAGACUGUUAAUGACAACAGAGAUCGAGAGAGAGAGACUGUUAAUGAAAACAGAGAGAUAGAGAGAGAAAGAGACUUAAUGAAAAGAGAGAGAGAGAGCGAGAGAGAGACGUGUGUUAAUGAAAACAAAGAUAGAGAGAGAGAGAGAGCGAAAGAGAGAGAGAGACUGUUCAUGAAAACAGAGAGAGAGAGACUUAAUAAAAACAGAGAGAGAGAGCGAGAGCGAGAGAGAGACUGUUAAUGAAAACAGAGAUAGAGAGAGAGAGAGAGAGAGAGAGAGAGAGAGAGACUUAAUGAAAACAGAGAUAGAGAGAGAGAGACAGAGAGCGAGAGAGAGAGAGAGAGAGACACUUAAUGAAAACAGAGAGAGAGAGAGAGAGAGAGAGAGAGAGAGAGACUGUUAAUGAAAACAGAGAUAGAGAGAGAGAGAGAGAGAGAGACUUAAUGAAAACAGAGAUAGAGAGAGAGAGACAGAGAGCGAGAGAGAGAGAGAGAGAGACACUUAAUGAAAACAGAGAUAGAGAGAGAGAGAGAGAGAGAGAGACUUCAUGAAAACAGAGAUAGAGAGAGAGAGAGAGAGACUUAAUGAAAACAGAGAGAGAGAGAGAGAGAGAGAGAGAGAGAGAGAGAGAGAGACUUAAUGAAAACAGAGAGAGAGAGAGAGAGAGAGAGAGAGAGAGAGAGAGAGAGACACUUAAUGAAAACAGAGAUAGAGAGAGAGAGAGACUUAAUGAAAACAGAGAUAGAUAGAGAGACUGUUAAUGAAAACAGAAAUAGAGAGAGAGAGACUGUCAAUGAAAACAGAGAUAGAGAGAGAGAGAGAAUUUACAUCAGAUCGAGAAUGUUGCUACAGAAAGACAGACAUACAGAGAGAGAGACAGACAGACAAGCAGACAGGCAAACAGGCAGACAGAGAGACAAAGCGAGGGGAAUGUGUAAUCUCACUGCCACAGACUGAACCAAACCCUCCCCACCACUGUCCAGGGUCCAGAGAGAGAGACAGAGGGAGAGACAGAGGGAGAGACACGGAGGUCAGGAGACUUUUGGCUUUGCCUUACUAUUGUGGAUUAUUUUAUAAACUGUUAGUGUGCAGCACCAGCAAACUGAAUGACUAGAAUGUAGAUAUCAUUUACACCACUUUAUCAGAAUGAUUGAAUAGAUGGAUGGAUGGAUGGACGAAUGAACAAACAAUGCUUUUGUUUUAGUUUUUAAAAUGGUGCUUACUGGUGAUCAUUUCUCCUCUUACUGGUGAUCAUUUCUCUUCUUUCACUUUAUCACUAGUAUGUUGUGGUUUACAGUGAUGCUGGCAGCCAUCUUAUAAUGACAUCAUACCCAUCUUUUAAUGACAUCAUACCCAUCUUUUAAUGACAUCAUACAAAUCUUAUAAUGACAUCAUCCCCAUCUUUUAAUGACAUCAUACAAAUCUUUUAAUGACAUCAUACCUAUAUUUCAAAUAUUUUUCUGAUCCUUAAAUCCAAAGUCAGAUAGUGAAUAUGUACAGCAAAAGAUGCUUCAGUGAAUCCAUAUUGGUGUCUGAACAAACCUUGACGGGUGAGACUAGGACAAACCUAAGACUUUUUGGUCCACCAGUUAUGAUAACUAUUCACGCAAUGAUAGGCUACAGACUGGAUGUAUUCACUGUGAGGAAAACAAACACAUGUUAGAUGUACCUGCUGUAGCAUUGUGAAAGAGAGAACAGUAUUGGUUACACAAAGGAUAAUGUCACUCUUUAGUUGAAUUAUGAAUACGUAUUCAUCCUGGAUCAUUGCAUAAAUAAACAUUAAAUACUAUUUCAGACAUGAAAUGAGAAGUGUGCAGCUUGGUUAACAUGCAGUUAUAGACUACACUUGUUUGCAGUUAUGUAGUUGGUUUCCUUAACACAGAUUAAUCAUACUCCUGGACUAAAAAGCAUUUUCAAUAAAGAUUCAUUAUUUUUAGUCCAGGACUUAUUUUAUGAAUUGUAUAAUUUGUUUCAUUUUGAAUCUAUAAAACAUACUGUAACUUCACAGUUACAUCAUGUAUAAUUUAUUCCAAUUAAAAUACUGAUUUCAUGUG